AAAAACAGAAUAAAAAUUAAGAUACAAAAAGAUAGGAAAUACACCUAUUAACUAAAAUACUUUCUGAUUAUGGCUGAAUUAAUAUUAAAUAAUAUAGGGAAUUUUUUAUAAGAUUCAUGUUUAAGCUAUUGCUUAAUUCAUACAGUAGAGCAAGUUUCUUAUAUUAAUAUAUCACCUCAUGAUGUAGAAAAUAGGUUUUUGUGUAUAUAAUGUUAUUAGUCUGAAUAAUUGAACAAAGAAGAGAAGGAUUAUAUUAUUUCCCUUCGUCUUUUUUUAUAAAAAUAGCUAGAAAAGCCUCAUUUUUAAAUUUUAUCUGAAGAUAUAAGGGAAUAGGUUCAAGAAACGCUGCAAACUAAAGGUAAAGUGAAUCUGAGAGAAAAAAUAAAAGAGUUUAAUGCAAAUUUAAUUGAAAUUAUUACAGAGGAACUUAAUGCAAUUUUUAAAGCCGAAGAUGAAAAAACACAACUUAUUAAUGAAAAAUUGUAGUCUCUCUUUUAAAAAUUUGGCGAACUCAAUAACGCUUCUGAAAUAUAUGAUAUUUUUUAUUAGAAUAAGUCUAACAUUGAUGAGCUGAAUACAAAAUUAGAUAAUUAUAUAAAGUUAGCUUACUUAAAAGCAAAUUAACUUAAAGAAGGAAGCGAUGAAUAUGAAGAACUAUUUGAUGAGUUCAAUUUAGAUUAAGCUGAGUUUCUUAAAGAGAAAGUCUUGAAGAAGAUAAAGCAAAUUCACUACUAUACUCCAUAGAAGAAUAGGAAAACAAACUCUUUAGUUGAUAAAAGCAUAUUUGAAGAAGAAGCUAUAUAUAUUGAUGAUAGCUCUCUUACGUUGAAAAGCAAGUCGUUUCUUAAACUUUUGCAUAAAAUACCAUCUAUAAAUUCUUAACUGAUAAAUUAAAUUGAAAAAUAAUUGAUAAUGAAUCCCAUAUUUGAAGAUAUCGAUUUCGAAAUAGAUGAAGAAGAAAAUGAUGAAGAAUAAUAAUAGGAAUUAGGUUAGCCAUAAUUAUAAAAUGAGGGAUAAGUAUCUGAUAGAAAUAACUAAUAAAUAGAAACACAGACACUAGAAAAUGUAGAAAAAGGGAAUUAAAAUUUAGCAAAUCAAUUUGAAGACAAAUAAAUGAAUAUUUAGGAAAGCAUUUCACCUAUUUAAAAACCAAAAUAAAAGUUAAAAUCAAUGUCAAAAAAGCAAAACUAAGAAAGUUAAAAAGGUGACAUUACUGAAUAAGAGCUAACUUAGUUUAUAAAUAAUGCUUUAAACGAUGAUAUUCCAUUUAAUCAUUUAGCAAAUUAGCAUAAAAAAAAUUAUUCUAGAUGCUUCGAAUAACCAAUAAAUUAGAGUUAAUAGGUAUAGGGUAAUAGACAUUAAUAUAGUCAAAAUUUCAGCAACAUUUAUUAGUCAACUCCGCCAAUGUUUAUUAACCCUUAAAAUAAAUAAGAAACAUACUAUCAAAGCCAUAUCAGCUAUUAAAAUUAAUCUAAUAAUUAUUAAGAUACUACUUAUCAAACUAGAAGAAUACCCGAUCAGAAAGAAUUUGAUAGCAAUGAUAAUUUUAUCAAAGAAUAAUUUUCAUAAAUUUAGACUAUUAAAUAGUUGCCUUUUUAACAAGAUUAAAGUAGCACUCAAGUUUAUCCAUAUUAAAGUGCAAUAAUUUAGUAAAACAUUGAACCUAAAUUUAAUUAAACUCUAUAAUAAAUGAAUUAAGAAUCUUCAAAUGGUCAAAACGGUUAAAGUUCUUAAAGUAAAUAUCCUAAUCUUUAUAAGCACCAAAGUGCCAACUACGAAAAUUACUUUAAAAAUUAAUAAGCAUACAACUAAGAAAUCAAUAGCAACAAUAUAAAUUUACAGAAAGUAUAAUCGAAGAGUAGAGAUUAAUCUCCUUCAAGCUAAUUCUCUAUACCUAUUUAAAAUAACAAAGAUAUUAAUAAAAAUGGAGAUGGUCUCUUGUAAAAGCAACUCAUCAAAGAAGAUGAAGAUGAAAAUAAAAUGUCUGUAGGAGCUGGCUCAAGUGGGUUUACCUUCAAAGAAGUAGAUGAUGCCUAACUUGAUUAAAAUGCUAUAGAAUAAAAUAAACAACCAUAAAAAAAAGGUUUGCUACAAAUAGACAGCUAAAGUUUUAAUUUAUAAAUGAAAAAGUCAAAGUUAGGAAGUAGCGAAAAAGUAGAGAUCAGCCACUAAUCUAACAAUACUAUAAUUAUUUAAUCUCCUACUGAUUCUUAUGCCCAUUAUGUUAUAUCUAAAGACGUACUAGAGCCAAAUAAAGAAUAUAUUUUUUUAUUCAGUAUAAAAUGCUAAAAGAAUGAUAGUAUUUUAAUAGGUAUAACCCCAAAAGAAUUUAUUAACGAAAAGGUUUUACAUAAAUUUCCUUAUUAUAAAAGCUUCAUAAAUACAAAUUUAGAAACUUUUUCUAAAAGUUGCGAGAAAAUUGAAAAAGGCACCAGCAUAAGAAUUACAGAUGAUAAUUGCAUUCAUGUUGUCAUGAGAGUUUGCAUUUAAAACUAAGUUUUAGUUUUCUACGACUAUCCCAAAAUGGAAAAUGUAAACUCAAUUAAAAAUCCUACUGAUUUAAAAGAUAUUAGAUAAUAUUACUUGACAGUUGGAUUUACUAGAUCGAAAGAAUCAUUUAACAACCCUUAAUCUAAUCCCUUAAGAAUACAAAUACUAGACAUGAGAAUAGCAGAUCCAACAACGUUAGGUGAUUUAAUAAAUUUUACUAAAUCACAAUAACAAUAAUAGUAACAAUAAUAAUAACAUCAGCAGCAGCAGCAACAACAACAACAACAAUUAUCAAGUAAUUGA